AUGCAACGACCAACUCUGCAGAAUGUCCGUAUUCGUUCUACGAGAGAUGCCAUUCACGUCUUUUAUGCUGUGGCGAGGAACGCCUUGCCUCUUAUCACCCGCCGUCUGGACGCCGAAGAACGGCGAUCUAUAAUUCCCGGUAAUGUGUAUGUAUGGGAAGAGCGUAGCGCCAACUCUGAAGCGACAGGGCUGGGCAUGGAACGAUGGACAGACGGCAUGGGCUGGGGCCCAAGUAGAGUGCGCGAUGAGUUUCUUUUUUAUCACCAAAAGGAAAGUGACAUCAACGACGAUCCCAAUAAUCCUGCAACUCCAUGGGCACAAAUGAUGAGCAUGUACCCCACACCACGAUCCCGGGCAUCAAGCGACUCUGAGAGACUCAUCAAACAGACUUACAGCGUUCGUGUCUCGUUACCUCCUGACCAGCCUCGUGGUGUUACCCGAAAAUGGCACCUCACCGCGUAUUUCAGCCAACAGAAACUCCAGCAGCUUAACACCAUAGACGACGUACCCGGGGUCACUGGAGUUCCCGUUCCUGAAGGAUGGUUCCGAAGUGCCCGGGCAGCUAAGCCUCGACGGGAUGACGAUUCUUCGAAAUCAGCCACGGCAAAGCCGGCCUCUCAGGCCCUGAUGGAGGGCAUUCCUUCUCAUCUAUCUCAUCCUCGUUCUUCGCCAUCAUCAAUUGCCACGACACCUAGUCCGAGGCUGAAUCAUCCUCACUUGUCCGAUCAACUAGUACCUUUAGAAUAUCUCAAAACCCUUGCCUAUCCUAGACGGGAUCCCAUCGAUGAGCAAUUUCUGCAACGAUUCUCAUCUCAAAAUUUGACCACGGUGAUCGAUAUCGUCGCUUUGCAGAAGCACGAGAAACGAGAGGGUUCAAAUUUCCCCUGUUACUGA